CUUCGUGCUUGUCCUCCCUCGCUACUCGCCGCAUAUCGGGCCAGGGGAAAGACGUUGCGCGCUUCACCUGACGAAUACCAACCAAGAAUGUGCAGUUCUUCGUCUUUGGUGGUUCGAGGCACAACACGCUUCCCGACUUUGUUGUGUCCCUCUGCUGGGUAUAAGAAAUAAGAAAGCCGACGCUACACAACGAGUGGAGGGCAACAUUGACUCCGCGGAAGCUGUAAGCAGCAAAGGGGACGACAUGGCUGCUCGUGUGGCGAGGCUGGACAGCGUCUGCAAGAAAUACGCCGAAAGUUUCGAAGACGACACCCACGACAACAGGACAAACUCAGAUCACUCGAAUUGCACCGUUGCAGUCUGUUGUCUUCACCUGAUGACGAAGCACAAUUUUUCGUUUUGUACCGUGCCGAAAGCAGCAUCCACGAGCCUCAGAACGCUAUACUUGCAAGUGGAGUAUGGAAAGAAUCCCGUGGACAAUCCCGAAGCCACCUUCGUCGACUUCGAGCACAGGACGCGCGCAGUGUUUCCAAGCGCAUAUUGGCGAGAUCGGCUCGGGUCUUCGUACACGAAGCUGGUCAUCGUGCGGCACCCGUUCGAAAGGCUCGUCUCCGCCUAUGUUCACCGAGUGCGCACGACUAUGCCGUCCACAGAAGGAGCGACAAGAAUGUACCGGCGAGGUUUCGUAGGCCACGGUCCUAACGGCACAUUCACCUUCAGAGAAUUCGUGGAGAACAUACUGCAGGAUCCAGUAAGUGACUGGGACGUGCACUGGGCACCAUACACGACUCGGUGCAGGCCGUGUAGUGUGCGGUACAACAUGAUUGUCAAAGUAGAGACCCUGGACAAAGACAUGGAGCAUGUGUUACCACAUAUCGGAUUGACAGGAUGGAAAUUUCCCAUCAGGAACGUGCACAGCCCAACACAAGAACGUGCGGCUCAGGAGUCUUUCAGGCGUCACUUUUCUGAGCUAUCGAGGCAGCAGGUGCUGCAGCUGUACGCCAUAUAUGUGUAUGACUUCGAACUUUUUGGCUAUAGACUGCAGGGUUACUCCAGCCCCGUCAUGUAAAUGAGGUUGCCCCGAGUAAUGCAAUAAAACCUUGGAAAGGA